GUUUUUUCCUCCUGAUCAUCUUGUGGAACCUCAAGUAUAUCUGCAUGACCCAAACGUGACGAGGACAGGACUUUGCUAGCGUCGAAAGAUGCUCCUCGGCCCAAAGCCCCUUUCAGCGGUGGUCACCAAGGUGCUGUAUAUCACUGCCUUGAAAGGCAAGGUGGCCCCCACUAAGAUGGCCGCCACGUACGCACGUCGCUUCGCAUGGCCGCACUAUGUCCGGGGUCAACGUUGCCAGACGUACCGAGACUACGCUAUGAUGGCGGUGCUGUUUGUCAGUGGCAACUUUUUUCCAACAGCAUAAGUUCAUAUAAAGCUGUGAUGCUGUGUCAGAAUGGGAAACCUUUUUGGAAAGAAGAAACAAAGUCGAGUGACAGAACAAGACAAGGCUAUCUUGCAACUGAAGCAGCAGCGAGAUAAACUGAGGCAGUACCAGAAGAAGAUCAACCUGCAGCUGGAGAAGGAACGACUUCUGGCCAAGAAGCUGCUGAGAGAUGGCAAGAAAGAGAGAGCGCUCCUCCUGCUGAAGAAGAAACGUUACCAGGACCAGCUGUUGGACAAGACUGAGAACCAGAUCAGCAACCUGGAGCGUCUGGUGCAGGACCUCGAGUUUGUCCAGAUUGAGAAGAAGGUCCUGGACGGCCUCAAAGUGGGAAAUGAAUGUCUGAAGAAAAUGCACGAGGUCAUGUCCAUUGAAGACGUGGAGCGCAUUUUGGACGAAACCCAGGAAGCUGUGGACUACCAAAGGCAAAUUGACGACAUGCUGGCCGGCUCCUUGUCCCAAGAGGAUGAAGACGCUAUCCUGGCUGAGCUGGAGGCCAUCACUCAGGAAGAUGUGGAGCUUCCAGAUGUUCCAUCACAGCAACUUCCUGAUGUUCCAUCACAGCAACUUCCAGAGGUGGUGGAGGAGAAGGCAGCAAGGGUUCAUCCCAGGAAGAAGGCGGAGCUUCUGGCUGCCUGAGAGGACAGCAGGUGGACACUGUCUGUCUCACUUUGCUCAUGGAAGCCCAGCAGAGCAUCUUUCACGCUCAGCAGCUGCUCUCAGUGCCACUGAGCUGCUGGUGCCCACUUGCUGUUGACAAGUGAACACGCGUAUGUACACAAAACAUUCUUAUAUUGACUCUGGAUGCAGAGACUUCAAAAUAAAAGCCCAGCAUAAGAAGGAUGUUAUCAGUUAUUAAACAACACUUUCUCUCAGCUGUUAAAAACAAAUGUAAAAGAGGCCUUAAUGUAGAUAGUUGAGCUGGUGAGAAGCUGUCAUGCACCUUCAAUGUCCCACUCGUGUCUCUCCCUACCAAUCCAUUAUUAUAGUGAUGGUGAGAAGCUGUCAUGCACCUUCAAUGUCCCACUCUUGUCUCUCCCUACCAAUCCAUUAUUAUAGUGAUGGUGAGAAGCUGUCAUGCACCUUCAAUGUCCCACUCGUGUCUCUCCCUACCAAUCCAUUAUUAUAGUGAUGGUGAGAAGCUGUCAUGCACCUUCAAUGUCCCACUCUUGUCUCUCCCUACUAAUCCAUUAUUAUAGUGAUGGUGAGAAGCUGUCAUGCACCUUCAAUGUCCCACUCGUGUCUCUCCCUACCAAUCCAUUAUUAUAGUGAUGGUGAGAAGCUGUCAUGCACCUUCAAUGUCCCACUCUUGUCUCUCCCUACUAAUCCAUUAUUAUAGUGAUGGUGAGAAGCUGUCAUGCACCUUCAAUGUCCCACUCGUGUCUCUCC